UGCAGUUAUGUUUUUCUUCGUCUCAGAAUUAAAAGCGCUCAUAAAGUCUAAUCAGAUGCCCAAGAGAUAAGACCGUUAGUCUGUAAAGUGACAUGAAGGCACUUGUGCAGUGUGUCAACAAAACAAAAGUUACAGGUCAUGGGGCCAUCAUAUCGUUGAUGGGUCCCGGAUUGGUGAUUUACCUUGGGUUUUUCAAGGAUGAUACAGAAAAGGAGGCAGAUUACAUAAUAGACACAGUCAUGAACGCUCAGCUGUUUGAAGAGCCCAGAAAUGACACUCCCAAAGCUAAGCCAGUAAAAUGGGCUCGUAAUGUGAUGGAAAAAGGUUACGAGGUGACCUGCUUAGCCGAGAUAUCUCUGACGCACGAUCUGAAGGGCGGCACUCCGAGCUUCACAGACGCCUCGGAAAUUGACAAGGGACAACAACUGUACGAUUACAUGCUCAACAAAAUGAGGAAUAUGUACGAGAUAGACAAGAUUAAACAAAGCAAGUUCUUGGGGCCCCACCUGGUAGAUGUAUUUGUUACCAACGGAGUUACAUUGUACUUGGAUACUACCGACACGCUUACUUAAAUGUAAAUAUUGUACAAAUAUGGUAAAUAUUUCAAGAAAUAAAGAUGGCACUUGUGUAUUUCAA